AUGCAAUUUGUAACUGGUGUGAAUAAGACAGAGUUUUUUAACCUAAAUCCAUGCUAUAAAAUAGAUGCCUCAUAUGUACUGACACAGCCUUCCACAAUAUGUAUAAUAUUUCAUAUUUUCCUUGGAUUAUUAUCGGUUGUUACUGUAUGUGGAAAUCUUCUGGUAAUAACCUCCAUCAUUUAUUUCAAACAGCUGCAUACUUCCACUAAUGCUCUUAUCCUGUCUCUAGCUGUGGCUGACUUGCUUGUAGGGGCUGUAGUGUUUCCUCUCAGCAUGGUAUUCUCGAUGAGCUUGUGUCUGUUUAAAGAAGAAGUGCUGUGCAAAGUACGGGCCAGCUUUGAUAUAACACUUAGUACUUGCUCUAUUCUGAAUCUAUGCUGUAUUUCCAUUGACAGAUAUUAUGCAGUGUGUCAGCCUCUGACAUAUAGAGCUAAAAUGAGUGGUCGAAUUGUUGUGACCAUGAUUCUGGUGAGCUGGGGUGUUCCUGCUGCAAUUGCAACCAGCUCAGUUAUAAGAGGGUCUAACCAAGGAACAUGCAAGGAACAGUGUUUUUCUGAUGCAGUUGGUAAAACUAUGGGAGUUGUAUUCACAUUUUACUUGCCACUAAUCUUACUGCUGUGUAUCUACCUGAAGAUUUUCCUUGUUGCACAGAGACAGGCACGCAGCAUCCAGAACACAACAAAGUCUGGAGCAACUGUCAGUAAGAUGGAGAGGAAGGCCACCAAAACUCUGGCAAUUGUUAUGGGAGUUUUUUUGACGUGUUGGUUGCCUUUCUUUCUCUGUGUCUCUGUUGUUUCCUUGAGUAAUGCAUCAGAGCCAGGACCUUUACAAGAGAUACUGAAUUGGCUUGCUCUUUCAAAUUCAAUGGUUAAUCCAUUUAUUUAUGCCUUCUUUUACAGCUGGUUCAGAUCGGCUUUCAGAAUGAUAAUUUCUGGAAAAAUUAUAUUUGGUGAUUUUAGCAACUGCAAACUGAUUUGA